GCCAAGAAACAUCCACGUCGUUAAAAACUGGAGAAAGCCUACAGCUUCCUUCUCCAUCUGAAUCCCCUGUUAUUGGAGAUGAAGUUGAGGAUAAUACCAUUGCAACAAUUGAUGCGAAUACAAGCUUUGCUCGGUCUGAUGCAACCCUUCUUGACAGGUACUGAUUGUAAAGUAAUAUUUGUAGUUUAUUAUGGAAUUGUGAAUGUGCGUAGCAACAAUAUAUUUGUUGUAUCUCAAAUUAUUUAUAUCUAGUUCUACUAUAACCAAUGCAAUAAAUGUGUCCAUGUUCACGGAUGAUGAGGAUGAUGUCAGUGAUGGCAGUCUGGAAGAUGCUGCCAGAUAUAUCAGGUAAAAUAUGUCAGGUCAUAAAUACUUUUACAAGAAUGGAACUAAUUGAGUCAUAAACAUCAUUGUCCCUUACAGCAUACAUGAUCUUACCAAAUCAGCUCUCGAAGAUUUGAAUGCAGAGAAGCAAAGUUAUUCAGAGUAUGUUAUCUGUUUGAAGCGAUGUGGGAGUAUGUGUGGGAUGUGUUAUUUUGACUCUGGGCAGUGGAAGAUUAGUCUGUUGUUGCUACUGUGCCUGAGAACAGAAAAGAUUUCAUGCUGCCUCUCUAGAAAUUUUGACCACUCAGGGAAGUUAUCUGACAUCAAAUUUCACACAAACCAUGUCAAAAACCCUAUAGAUAAACUACAAACCUGGCAAAAAUUUAUAAAUUAAUGAAUGGUUAAUUAAAGGUCCAAUCCUGAUUCUAGUUAUAUUGAAGCCUAAUAAACAGAAGCAAACUGAAAAGGGAUCUUUAUUCUUUAUUUGUAAUAUACUAUCUAUUAUUUAUACAGCACUAUAUUUUGUUAUUUUUAGUUCCAUAAGUUCAAGUAGUGAUGAGGACUCUGAUUCAUCUGAUCUUGAUUUGGGUCAUGAGCCAUCUGAUGAACAUCAGGACGAUGAACAUCGGGAAGAUUAUUCACAGCACUCGAUCAGCACUCCUGCAGUUAGUUAUGGACCUCAUCGGAAAUUCAGCCGAGGGGAUGAUGUGUAUGAUUUGGAAGAAGAAUUCAGUAUGGUGAAAGAACAAAAAUUUGUUUGCUCUCUGGAUAUUCUUCUUGCAGUAUUUCAAGCAAGAUGCCAUACUCCUGGGUGCACUGCUUUACCCACUGUAAAACAUAGCUUUGUGGGUGUAACAGUGAUUGUGAAUUGCCAAUGUCCAUCCGGGCAUAAAUAUAGGUUUUGCUCCUCUCACUUAGUAAAUGACAUCUAUGCCAACAACCUACAGGCGGCCGCCUCAGUCAUUCUAUCUGGAAGCAAUUUUUGCAAAGUAGAGCGCAUGGCAAAUUUUCUAAAAUUGGAAUUUCUGUCCAAGUCAACAUACUAUAGAUUGCAGCGCCUGUAUUUGAUCCCUGAAGUAAAUGAGUGGUGGGCUUUGAUGAGGGGUGAAUUGAUCAAGGAGUUCUCAGGGAAAGAUAUUGUUCUUGGUGGUGAUGGCCAAUGUGACUCUCCAGGCUUCAAUGCCAAGAAUCUUUGCUACUUCAUGAUGGAAGCAGAAUCAAAUUACAUUCUUGACAUUGAAGUAUUGGAUAAGAGGCAUGUUGGUCUAAUUUCGACAAACAUGGAGAAAGAGGCAGUGCGGCGAAGUCUGAAUCGUCUUACUACGGAAAUUAAAGUGGCCGAGCUGGUGACUGAUGCCUCCACUUCUGUAAAAGCAUUAAUGGGUAUUUUUAAAUAUAAUUUUUUUUACAAUCGUCAUGAUUCAGAUAAUGUUUUUAUAUGUUUUGGAACAUUAUAUGCAUAUCAUGGUUAUUAAUUUCCUUCAGGUGUGUAGUCUGCCCCCACCCCCAAAUCCCCCCCCCCGGCUAUAUGCCUGCUUUUCUUUGUGUUUCCUUGAUAAAUCAACAUUUUCACUUUUAGAAUCAGAAUAUAAAGACAUAACAUACAGUUUGGAUGUGUGGCACAAGUCAAAAAGUAUUAAAAAAUGUCUGACAAAGGUUAGUAUGUUGCAAUACGUCACACACGGGCAUAUUGGAAUUGCAUGGCUGAUGGCUGUCAGAUAAAUGUAAAAAAUCACCGCAAAAUACAAUUAUUAUUACCAUUUUGUACAUUAUCCGUACUGUACUUAGUGUGAUGUGCAUUUUAGUUGAGCAAACCAAAAGCAAUGCAGAAGAUAAAAGACUGGUCUCCUCACAUCAUCAGACAUUUCUGGUAUUGCUCUAGUGCAUGUUGUAAAGAUGAAACCACCACAGAUGAAGAAGCACUAAGACUUAUAAAGGUAAAGUAUCUGGUGAUAAUCCCUCGCAAUGCUCAAACACAGGGCUGGUUAUUAUUGCCACGAGAUUAUGUUCCCCCUGUUUAUUUGUUUGUCUGUAAGCAAAGUAGUGAACAGAUUUUCAUGAAAGUUUGUUGAAGGAUUACACAUGUACUAAUGAGGAACUGAUUAAAUUUUGGUUCAGUUUGGAUCAGCAGAGUAAAUCGGCAUGCAUGAUGUAAACAAAUUUUACAAAUUAAAUUUGUGCUUUGGCAAAGGUAUGUAUUCGAAAUGGAUGCCUUAUAGUUUUUAUUAUUUCACUUAGGAUAAAUGGAUUGGUUUAUUACACCAUAUAUGCAAUGACCACCAAUGGUUAGGGGGACAAUGUGACCAUGUUGAUACAGAUGGUGAUGAUAGCCAUGACAAAAGUCUUCCCUUUUUUGAUCGUCGAGAUAAAGACUUUAUGGAGUUACAAAAAGUUAUUUUAAACCCUCAACUACUUAACAGUUUCAAGUAUUAUACUCGUUUCAGGUAAAGUAAAAGUGUCUUGUCACAAGCCCUAGUUGCAGGUGUGACGUUGCGAAUAUCCCGUGAUUGGGGGGGGGGGGUGCUGCCAGCCCGAAAUUUCCAACAGAAUUUCAAAAUUUUCCAAUGACCUCCCCCCUCUGCCCAAAUAUUUUUCAGAAAGACCUAACAUAA